GUCAGUCUUCAUCAUAACUCAUAAUAAUCAUCCAUUUCGAGGUUUUCAAGUCCAUACGAUUCUCUCCAUUUUCUUCAAAAAAAAAGAAAACGGAUUCUGGUCAAACUGUUGACUCUUUUCACACUCAGUGAACCUUUUUGAAUCAUGGCGUGUAGAAUUGCUAAAGAUGUGACUGAAUUGAUUGGGAACACUCCAUUGGUGUAUUUGAACAACGUGACUGAAGGAUGUGUUGGUCGUGUUGCUGCUAAGCUUGAGAUGAUGGAACCUUGCUCAAGCGUCAAAGACAGGAUUGGUUUUAGCAUGAUUUCUGAUGCGGAGAAACAGGGUCUUAUCAAACCAGGAGAGAGUGUGCUGAUUGAGCCAACAAGUGGAAACACUGGAGUUGGGUUAGCAUUUACGGCUGCUGCCAAGGGAUACAAGCUUAUUAUUACAAUGCCAGCUUCAAUGAGUAUUGAGAGAAGAAUCAUUCUCUUAGCUUUUGGAGUUGAGUUGGUUUUGACUGACCCAGCUAAGGGCAUGAAAGGAGCUAUCGCAAAGGCGGAAGAGAUUUUGGCCAAAACACCCAACGGUUACAUGCUCCAACAGUUCGAGAACCCUGCCAACCCAAAGAUUCACUAUGAGACUACUGGACCUGAGAUAUGGAAAGGCACUGAUGGAAAGAUCGAUGGCUUUGUUUCUGGAAUUGGUACUGGUGGUACCAUUACAGGUGCAGGAAAAUAUCUUAAAGAACAAAACGCAAACGUAAAGCUGUAUGGAGUGGAGCCAGUUGAAAGUGCUAUUCUAUCCGGUGGGAAGCCAGGCCCUCACAAAAUUCAAGGGAUAGGAGCUGGGUUUAUUCCAAGUGUAUUGAAUGUUGAUCUUAUAGAUGAAGUUGUUCAGGUUUCAAGUGAUGAAUCCAUCGACAUGGCAAGACAACUUGCUCUUAAGGAAGGUCUUCUUGUGGGAAUAUCAUCUGGUGCAGCAGCAGCUGCAGCAAUCAAACUUGCAAAGAAACCAGAAAACGCUGGGAAGCUGUUUGUGGCGAUAUUCCCGAGUUUCGGGGAGAGGUAUCUAUCGACAGUCCUAUUCGAUGCGACAAGGAAAGAAGCAGAAUCCAUGACCUUCGAGGCUUAAAAAGUCUCCCAUUUCUUCUUAAGAGACGCGAAAAUAAAAGAGAUGUUCAUAGUUUCUCCUACAGAGAGACUCUUCAUCUGCAGUUGCAGUGCGUCUUUGCUUCUAUCUGUAUCUUCUUUCGUGUGACAAUAAAAAUUAAAAAAUGAAACUCCUCUGUUUGUUUUGUGAACGACUUGCUGUUAAUGAAGUCUUUGUCCAUAAGUAUCAUUAUGUUUCAUGA